AUGUUCGAGAGAAUUUCUCUAAUCCACAGCAUUUUACAGCUCUUUGGCUACACUGGAUUCAACUCGCAACUGAGGCCGCGUGUCGGUUUCCACUACACGACCUUUAUAUAAGAAUAUAUAUACCGCUAUUUUAUGAUUAGUCAUACCCGCAUCGGGAGUAAAAGACAUUCAAUAAUAUCUAUAAAACAACGCGUGUUGGUAUUUCUCGAUUUGACAUCGGGUCAUGUCGUUGUAGUAGCUGCUAUUACCAGCUAUUAGGAUAAACAACUAUUUUGUGAUUAACCUUUAAUCAUGACAAUAGUGAAUCUAAGUAUGUCGUCUUUGAGAAAACGGAAUUGUUUUUUUGUAUUUGUGCUAAUUGUUUUUGUGCCAUUUUGUUUAUUUGUUAUACUGUCAGUACCAGAUAUGACUUCGGAGGAAAUCUUAGUUCAACGAUUGGCCGAACUCCAAGUUAGAAUUCAAUAUUUAGAUGCGAUGUAUAGGUCGAGGCAAGAAGAUUUACAAGAACUGACACAGCAUUUCGAUCAAUUAUACAACGCAGAAAACAGUUCUAACAACUCGUUGAUACAAAUAGAAUCACGUCCAGAUAUAAAACAAAUGAUUAAGAAUAUGUCUGGACUAUUUGCAGCAAAUGGCCUCAAUCCAGGUGUAUCGAUUAAAUUUCCUUCUGCAUACCAUUUUCUGCCUCAUCUGCUGGAUAAUCCCAAUAGUCUGAAAUUAUCUUAUUUGAUGUCCAAAAAUAGAGAAGGUGUUUCAUUGGUACUGGGAAUUCCUACUGUGAAACGAGAAAAAUACAGUUAUUUAAUGGAUACCCUACAAAAUCUUAUAGAUGGAUUGUCUGAAGAUGAGGCUAACGAUACUAUGAUUGUCAUAUUGGUCGCGGAGACUGCUAUGGAGUACAUUCUACAAAUUGCAAAGGAAGUGGAAAUAAAAUUUCCACUCCAAAUUGAAUCGGGAUUAAUAGAAAUAAUAGCUCCUUCUGCAGGAUAUUAUCCUUCUUUCGAUAAACUUCGAAUUACUCUUGGAGACUCUCCAGAACGGGUGAAAUGGAGAUCUAAACAAAACUUGGAUUAUGCGUUUUUAAUGGCAUAUUGUCAAACAAAAGGUACGUUUUAUGUUCAAUUAGAGGAUGAUAUUUUGGCAAAGCCAUCUUAUAUUACAAUUAUGAAAAAGUUCGCGAUAGAAAAAACCGCAAACAAACAACCUUGGAUUGUGUUAGAUUUUUGCCAACUUGGAUUUAUUGGAAAACUCUUCAAAACUGCAGAACUUCCUUGGCUGAUACAGUUUUUCCACAUGUUUUUUAAUGAUAAACCAGUCGAUUGGUUACUCGAUUACCUAAUCACAACAAAAAUUUGUAACUGGGAAAAAAAUGAUAACUGUAAAGCAGACAAGGCGAAAGUUUGGAUUCAUUACAAACCUUCACUUUUCCAACAUAUCGGUAUGCAUUCUUCUCUAAAAGGAAAAGUACAGAAGUUGAAGGAUAAACAAUUUGGAAAAGUAGCUCUAUUCUUUCCUCAUAACAAUCCAUCAGCUGAAGUAACGUCUGGAAUAAAACACUAUAAACAGUAUACAUUGAAGCGAGCUUAUCUUGGUGAAACAUUUUUUUGGGGUUUGCUACCACAACCCGGAGAUCAACUUGUGUUUAAGUUAACAACACCAACGGCUUUAAAAAGAUUUUAUUUCCGUAGCGGGAAUGCAGAACAUCCUACCGAUAAGUUUUACAAUACGACUGUAGAAGUUAAACCACUGCAACCGAUUUUAAAUACGAAUAUAUCUAAUGUAACACUAGAUGGUUUUCUGAUUGUGGGUAAAUUUGAUAGUGCCGGCAUAGCUACAGGUACUUUAGAUGUUAGUAUCGGCAAGAUAGAAUCGAUACGAUUAAAUGUACACUCCGAAAGUGAUAAUUGGGCCAUAUUAAGUGAGAUUCAUCUCCAAGACGAAUCAAGAUUGAGGUGACAGACUAGUCCUAUUCAAACAUAUUCAAUAUUUUUGCAAUGAUGAAUUUUGGAUUCAAAAUCCUUCGUCUGUGAUAUUUUUACUACAAGUUAACUAUCAAGAAAUGAUUAUAUAUAUGUUAAAGUGAGCUACUUUAUCCAGAAACUACGUACUGAUUUCAAAACGACUGAGGAUGUUUGGAAUUGAAUACUACGUUUGUUCAUAUACUUGAAAUUAUUGGAUUUCUUUGUUUAUAUUUUUUUCAUAUUUGCAUUUAGCUGUCAUAAAACAUUCGAUUAUUUUCAUUUAAACAUGUUUUUGGAAUAAAUUUUUUUUCCCGAAAGACAACCAAUCGAGUUACAUGUGCGGGGAUAUAUUGAAAAAUUCUCAACCUACUAUAUAACCAAAAAAAAUUUCAAUGUCAAAAUAUUCUCAUAUUCUCCUCUUAACUGGAUACAUUUAUUACAGCGAACCCGCAACGUCUCUAGACCUUUCAAAAAAAUGUUUCUGAUCCAAAUCGGCGAUGACACCUGUUUAUACACUCUCCAUCGAUAGAUAUACAUGACUUCAUUAAACGCCAACUAAAGGAAGAAUACGGAAAAUGGAUACGGCAGACUAAAUAGAAUACCGUGGGAUACUAAGAAAACUAUAACAAAAAAAAAAUAGAAGCCACGGAAAUGGACGCAGUAAGAAGACAAAAUAGUACGUUACGGUUAUAUCGAAUCAGAAACUACACAAUAUAAAAGCGAAUUAACCUGGAACAAACAAUUAUAUAAUUUAUUGAGGAGAAGCAGUUAAUUUGGUCCACGAUUAUCAUGAAUGCAUGGAAUAAGAAAAUCAAUUGGUGUACGAAAUCUGAACGAUAACAACUGCAGCGACAGGAAAAAAUGGCAGCUAGGCGUCGGACAAGGUCGUAGGAGGUUUUAAACCCGAAUUUAUAUAAAGAAAACAAAAAUUUUGAUUACUACGCCAUUUAUAAUCAUACGGACCUAAUUGAAAAUAAAACAAUUAAAGUGGUAAUAAACGUGGUGAUACUAGUAUUUAUACAGUAAAUGUUAAGAAAAAAGGUUUUGGCUCUGGUGGUUAAACAAUUACUCUAUUUGGAAUAUUGGUGAAAUUAAAGUUUGUGAGUCUGAUAACUUAAGCAAGAAAAAAGAUACAAUGAACCUAACUACAGAAUACACAAAACUUGACCUUCAAUUGCUAUGGAAUUGUGAACAGAAUUACUUCCGAAAAACUAACUGAGGGGUAAAAAAGCGAAUUGUAUUCUAAUGAUUAUUCUGCCUCCGGGAAUGGUUUAGGUCAUCAAUUUGAUGCAUUAUUCACCUUAAUAGCAAGCUCAUUGUUUAUCACAUUCCCCUUACUAUACUAUUGUUUACUUGUGUACGUUAGCUUACCCUUUCCUAGACAUUCCCAGAUCUUUAACUUUACAGUUAUCGCGUCUGAUUUUUUAACACCAUCAGAUGCGGGGAGCACAAUUGUAAUCCAUUAAUUUUUUAAAUCUAAAAAUGUUAUUACGACACUACAUUGUAUAAAAUUUAUUUAAAAUGUAAUUAUCCAUAUUCGAAAAACAAUUUUUAAAUUAAGAAACAUGUUUUUGUAUAUAAUUAAUUUGAAUCAGGAAAAAAUCAUUUAAGCAAAGCUUAGCUAGACAGCUGGACAAGGUCAUUGACUAAAGUUACUGCAAGAUUUUUUCAUGGUUUUGUUCUCGUACUUCCACAAUAAUAGCAAUGUCCAGUGGUUGAGUUACUAUUGUUUAUGUCUCUUAGAAUUUUAGUGAAAAUCUUAUGCGUUGCUUCAUUUGUGGUGAUAUGUAGGAAUUUUGGAACCGACAGGUCUUAUUAGAUGUAACGCCUUCUCCUCCAAUUUUUUUAUACAUUAUCAAGUUGAUGAAGUAGUGUGUUUCAUAAGUUCAUAACUUCCCCCGUCACAUAGAAAGAAAUAUCAUUAUUUUUCAAUAUAUUCUUCCUUUAUUUUCACAAGUUUUCCAGAACGACUAACGAAAGCUUCUAUGCCACACAAAAAUAUUAUGCAUCUUUAGAGUCAAAAUGCAGCUGUUAAAUCUUUCAGCCCUGAACUCGGCCUUCAGCUUUUCGAACAAAAAUAAGUCGGACCGGGCCAGAUCAGGACUAUAUGGUGGGUGGAAUCCCAAAAUAAUAUAGUCAUAACUUUUUUGGUGUUUUUCGCGACCUUUGCUUUUUUGGCACGGGCUCUACUUUCUUAUGUCACUCCAUGAAAUCUUUUUAAGAUAUCGGAUCAUUAAAAGACCAUAGUUUCAUAACUCUUAUAAUUAAUCGGAUUAUAUUUUCUUGGAUCUCGUAUAGUUUCUAAAAAUCGCUCCACUCGACACUGCUGUGCUCAGAAAUCGAGGCAAUUUGCACCACGUCAUCCUUUAUUCAUUCUUGCCUUUAUCGAAAGAACAUGACAAUGACAAUCAAUCGAAGCAGCAAAUUGAAACUUUAUAUAAAGCUUAUUGAGACUUGUCACUGACGUGAACGCAUUCUAUUUAUUAUAUGAGGCCCAUAACUCAUGGAUCGCACUUCUAUUAAUCACAUUCCACUGCACUCCAGUAUCGUCAUCCAUAGCCAAUUUUAUUCAUUUUUGGGCAAUACGAGAUCAAAGUGCACUUACCAUGGUAAAAACUAAAUAAGAUUUAUUUUCUCGUCUACUUUUUCCAGUUACAAAUUCUGGUGGAAAUUGGGUGUCAUUUUUACGAAUCUUACCUAUAAUAGUUAACCCUGCUUCUAGGAUUUCGAUGCUUAAUAGAACGCUUGUAAAAUCAUUGUUGUAAUAUUUCUGUCCGUGCCUUCAAGAUGUUUCACCAUUCUUUUAACCACAUUCGCACCAGUCAACUUUAAUUUUUAACUCUCUCUCGGGUUCUUAAGCACAAUACAUUUCUAUAUUAAAGAUAUUUUUUGUGUUAACUGGUGCGAAAAUAGCAUUUGUCACUAAAGCAUCUAGUUGCUGAUAUAAUGGCAAAUACUGGGAGGGUGGAUAAUUUUUCUGGAAAUUCUGGAUACACAUUUCGAUAAGGCUCUUAUUGGAGUUAAUUUAGCAAAUUAUUUUCAUUGAUUUCUAGUUGUAAUAUUAUCAAAUCUAAUACAUUUCAUUAGAAGAAGAAAACGAGAUGCAUAAAUGGUCAAAAAUAUUUUGGCGUUGAUAUUUUUAAAUUUAUGCAAGCUAUAGAAUACCUAUUAGCUCUUCUACAUCCUCAUCAUCUCUGAGAUGUGUAUAUUGGCAUCUAACACUAUUGAUAUUGGUAGAUCGUGUUAAUGAAUCUAUUAUUUUUUUCUUCUAAAAACAGUUGUAGGUAAUCGUAGGACAAUAUUGGCGGAACGUGUUCUUGAGAUCAGAGGAGGGUACCCUGUUUCCCACUAUAGUAUCGUACGGAGUAUGUAACUGGGGUAUCAUUUUUAGCCACUUUGAAACCGUCGUGUGAAUCUAGUUCUUGCUCUGAAUAAGAACUGUACUCUGAAGACGGGUUCUCAGUAUCUGUAACGUGAUUAGAUACUUUUAUCUAGGUACGCUUCAUCAAUAGAAAAAAUUUUUCUGAUUUUCAACUUCGUUUAACCAUUCUAGUACCACCUACUCAAAUUUUGGAUCGCUCUUCCUCAUUCCUAUUGUUUCAGACAUUAUAGAUCAUAACUAAUACUAAAAUAAAACUAACUAACAUAAUAUGAAAAUUAAUACUAACGCUAUUGAACAAUAGUGACAAAAUCAACCUCAAGAACAGAAUUUUCCAUAAAGAGGAGCGGUAACGUAUUGAAACAAAAGAAAAUAUGUUGCAUUUUCAUGCGUCGACUGCAGGGUUAAAGUAUAUAUGACAUUCCAGCUGAGUGCUUCGAUGGUUGCGUGAUUAUUCACAUACUUCAACUUGUCUACAAUUAGUGCAUUCUAAUAAGUGAUCACAACAUCUGAAAUUCUCUUUUGGUUGUUCAACAUCGCAAUUACGCUCAUUGUGGUCGCAGCGAAAACGUCACUAAUGACAUCAUAACUAACGCUACCCAUGUUAAGAGGUGGGUCGAAAGGAGCGGAAUUUUCGAAACUCAAAGCACAAAGAUUGCAUCCAUGAGAAUCUACCUCAUUAUUUGAUGUGGCAAGGGAUACUAGAAGUAGUUUUGAAGCAUUCUUGUGACGCAGCACCAAAUAACUUACUAUCACCGUAGAAGAUAUUUUGAUUUUACUUACUUACUAAGUGGAACGGGAAAGACCGUGGUCGUGAACGUUUUUGUCGGGAGUACUUAGUGGAAUGUAUCAAAUAAUGGAUAUAUGUCUCCACCAUCUUAUUCCGAAUAAUAAAUAUCUUGACUUAGGUAUACCAGAACUUUAUAGAAAUUAAAGUAUUAUAAGACCAUUUUAUGCGUGCAUUUUAAAAUAGAAUAGUUACUUUAUUAAGCAAUUAUUAGUGGAGAAACAACGAAGUUAUAUUAUUGAAUGAAUUUUUCUUAACACUCGUUAAAUGUGAUAUGUGAACUAUUCAGAUACAGGAUUUUAUUAUUAUUACGUUAUCCUACUACUAUUGGAAUAUUUUCAAAGAGAUAUUAUUUUCAAAAUACGAGUAUGUUUUGCUGAAAUUAUCCAAAGUAUAUUAUUUUACAAUCAAGAUACAAUCUUUCUAUAUUACACCUUGGAAACAUUUAUGUUAUCAUUACAUUGUUGCCAGUUUUUGACAUUCUAGUAGUGAUUCUCGUUUAUUAUAAUUUUUUACGCUUCUACUAAUUCUAGGAUUUGUUUUUGUUUUCAAAAAAUUAAUAACAUAUAUGUAUAAUUGCAUAUAGGAAUGUAUUUAAAUAUCCAAAAUUGUUCUUAGUUUAUUAUAAUGGGCAUUUUUAUUUAUUUGUAUACUAAUAUUUUAUAUUUGUUUUUCAGUUAUUUACAACUUUAUAUCAUUUAUUGUUUUUAUGAAAUUCAAUAAAAUAUAUUUACUGUA